ACCGCUGCCCGCGCGCUCCACCACAACAGUCAGCUGGGGAGAGGCAGGCGUGAGUGUGUGCGCGCGCGCGUGCCGACCAACCGGGAAGCGAAGCGCAAGCAGAGCAAGACCCCGUACAACGGCGCAGGCUACAACUCGAGAAGAUUUCUACCCACUACAUCCAUUCCGUCCCCAUCAUGGCCGACCCAACGGCUGCCGACGGAGAGGGGGGCGCGCGAGGCUUCGCCAGGCAAGGCGCUCUGAGGCAGAAGAACGUGCACGAAGUGAAGAACCACAAGUUCAUCGCGCGCUUCUUCAAGCAACCGACCUUCUGCAGCCACUGCACCGACUUCAUCUGGGGUUUCGGCAAACAAGGCUUCCAGUGUCAAGUGUGCUGUUUCGUGGUCCACAAACGCUGCCAUGAAUUUGUUACUUUCACCUGCCCAGGGGCCGACAGGGGCCCUGCAUCAGAUGACCCUCGCAGUAAGCAUAAAUUCAAGGUACACACAUACUCCAGCCCCACGUUCUGUGACCACUGUGGAUCUCUACUAUACGGGCUCAUACACCAAGGGAUGAAAUGUGAUACUUGUAUGAUGAAUAUUCAUAAACGAUGUGUGGAAAUGGUUCCCAGCCUGUGCGGAACAGACCACACCGAAAGGAGAGGACGGCUGCAUAUCACUGCUAAUAUCACAAAUAAUGUUCUCUCCGUGACCAUCAAGGAGGCUCGUAACUUGGUGCCAAUGGAUCCAAAUGGACUGUCAGAUCCAUACGUGAAGCUUAAAUUAAUUCCAGACCCAAAGAGUGAGAGCAAGCAGAAGACCAAAACCAUCAAGUGCUCCCUCAAUCCUACCUGGGAGGAACACUUCAGCUUUAACCUCAAAGAUACAGAUAAAGACAGGCGUUUGUCAGUGGAGGUGUGGGAUUGGGAUCUGACCAGCAGAAAUGACUUCAUGGGGUCCAUGUCUUUUGGCAUCUCGGAGCUGCAGAAACAAGCUGUCAAUGGAUGGUUUAAGUUGCUGGGUCAAGAGGAAGGGGAAUAUUUCAAUGUUCCAGUUCCACCAGAUGGAGAGGAGGGCAAUGAAGAACUGAGGCAGAAAUUUGAGAGAGCCAAGAUUGGCCCUGGUACUAAGAAUAUAGAUGGCUCUUCAAAGAAUGACAUCUCCAAAUAUGAUGCCAAUGGCAACAAAGACCGCAUGAAGCUCACAGACUUCAACUUCAUCAUGGUGCUGGGCAAAGGCAGCUUUGGCAAGGUGAUGUUGGCCGAGCGUAAAGGCUCAGAUGAGCUGUACGCAGUGAAGAUCUUGAAGAAGGAUGUGGUCAUUCAGGAUGAUGACGUGGAAUGCACUAUGGUGGAGAAGAGAGUUCUCGCUCUCUCUGGCAAACCGCCCUUCCUCACCCACCUCCACUCGUGCUUUCAGACCAUGGACCGCCUUUACUUCGUGAUGGAGUAUAUCAAUGGUGGAGAUUUGAUGUAUCAGAUACAACAAGUGGGAAAAUUUAAGGAACCCCAUGCUGUGUUCUAUGCUGCAGAGAUUGCCAUUGGCCUGUUCUUUCUUCAUUCUAAGGGAAUUAUUUACAGAGAUCUGAAGCUGGAUAAUGUGAUGUUGGACUCUGAAGGUCACAUUAAGAUCGCUGAUUUUGGCAUGUGCAAAGAGAACAUGUUUGAUGGGGCCACAACCAAAACCUUCUGUGGCACUCCAGACUACAUUGCCCCAGAGAUCAUUGCAUAUCAACCGUAUGGGAAGUCUGUUGACUGGUGGGCUUAUGGAGUGCUUCUGUAUGAAAUGCUGGCGGGACAGCCUCCUUUUGAUGGUGAGGAUGAAGAUGAGCUAUUCCAGUCCAUCAUGGAGCAUCAUGUAUCUUACCCGAAAUCCAUGUCCAAAGAAGCAGUGGCCAUAUGCAAGGGGCUGAUGACCAAGCACCCAGCGAAGCGUCUGGGUUGUGGACCAGAGGGAGAACGAGAUAUUAAGGAACACGCUUUCUUCCGCUACAUGGACUGGGAUAAGCUGCAAGAUAAAGAGGUUCAACCCCCCUUCAAACCCAAAGCAAAAAAUCGACGUGACACUGGGAAUUUCGACAAGGAGUUCACCAAGAUGGCGGUUGAGCUGACACCAACCGAUAAACUCUUCAUCAUGAAUCUGGACCAAAAUGAAUUCCAAGGCUUCUCCUACACCAACCCUGAGUUUGUUAUCCAGGUUUAACACCAAACAGACUGUCUUAUUACCCAGAAAGUAUUAUUUUGUCCCAGUGCAUCUUGAUUGUCCUCUCUCUUCACUUAAAAAGGCACAAACCCAGCAGGAUCAAGCAGAACCAAAUCAGGAUUAUACUCAGUUUUUCAACCAAGGCCUCAGAAACUCUUGAUAUUGAAUUCGCCAGAGGAGAGAGAACGGUUAUAAAAGAGUGUAUUCAUAGUCUCCAUGAGAAUGUCUUGUCUUUUCAUCUCCAAGAGAAUUAUCCUACCUCUUUCUUUUAUACAUUCUCUCCAUAUAUUCAGUCAGCGUUUUACUGCAGCCCCUCGUUUCCAAAUGAAUUCAUCUGACAACAUGCAGCACUAAUGGCUUUUUCCCCCAAAGCUAAUUAAGCCUUGCACAACCUUGAAUCUUUUAAGUUAAAAUCUGGUUUAAAUUAGUUAAACAUUUUGGUAUCAAUUCAAAGCAAAGUUCCAGUGCAUCAGUAAAUGAUAGAUAGGCAAAUAUCCUCAAGCAUUUAUUGCUAGAUGUUCGUUUAAAUGGAUGAUAUCUUUCAGCUUGUUGUGAGAUUCUCAGCAUUAGCUUGCAUUAGCAUAUCAUUAGAAGCAAACAGUCAAAUAAUGAUAUCCAUAUGGCCUUUAGUUUGCUACUGGCAUAAUGGCUUCUGUUCAUGAGAUGCUCAUGAACAUUCAUUAUUUAUGUCAUGAUAGCUGGAGGGAAUAGCAUAGGCCAUCAGGCUUAAUUUAUAAUUUACAUGCAACUCAAAAGCACAUAAAGCUUUGAAAAUCAACAUUUUUAUAUUAAAACAGAUCACUUUAGUUUAGUGGCAAAAAUAUGUUCAUUGUUUCCCUUAUUUUACAUAUCAUUUGGUAUUAAGAAUAUUUUAAAUAAGUAAAAAAUCUGAUAUUAAAACAGUCUCAAAGGUGCAGUAAGCAAUUUCUGAGAAUUUGAAAUCAACCCAAACAAACACACCCGUCCCUUCUUUGCUCCGCCCUCAAAAGGCACAAACGCGCAAUGCAAGAAGGGAUGUCUCCUUAUCAUUGCUGAAGCAAAGAAAAAUAAUGCUUCACAAAAAAUAAAGUGAAGAUGAUAAACGACAAAAAAGAACAAAAAAUGAACAAGAGUACAGCAGAGUUUAUACAAGCAAGAGUUGGUUGUUAGUCGCCAACAGCAGAACAGCUCCAGACAAACAACGACACUCAAAACUGUCCUGCUACUCAAGCUAACAUUACAACAACAGCAUAUCUUGGUUCUGUGAAACAUAGCAAAACCAAUGUUACUCACAUAUGUAGCAGAACAACACAACUUUGGCAUCUGUUUUCAGGCCUCCCCACUUAGGUCUCUCCAGUGCUGGGAAGCUUUUCUUAUAUAGUUCUGGCAUGAAACUCUAGAUGGCACAAGCUGAUUUGGUAGCGAUCACGUCAUUAUCUACAUAGCACAGUUGAUUGGUUGUUGUUGCAUCAGCAACCAAUGAGCUUCGGCUCAACAUUCAAACAAAUACCAGCAGUGUUUGCUGUUAGCAGUAUGCGGCACACUUUCAGAAACCCUCCACCUUCCCCAGCUCCACCUGUAUAGAUCUGCUAUGGGGUUAAUUUAUGUACAUUACAUGUGCAGCAGCAGCAUGUCUUACAUGCUCACAGCAAUGUCUGUGAAUGUAUUGGCCGUAGCAAGUCUCGGUACUCGGUACAGCAGCGUAGCAGAUCUUUUCCGCCAAGAUCAAAUACAUUAACAUUGCCAUAUUCACCACCAUGCCAAUCUCUGUUACCAUACCACUCUCCAGAGAGUUGUAAUGACAUAAUUAUAAUAACACGAGUCCUAAAGUCCUUGCCUGAUCAUAUCCCUUCUUCUUCCAGUGAUAUUCCUCUGACCUUUUCUCUUUUGUAAUGUCUCUCAGCCAUCUCUCUUUCUACAGUCUUUCUUCAAAUCUCCCUCUUGCUCACUCUCUCACUCUCUCUCCUCCCCCAUCAUCAUGAGUGGACACACCCCCUACUGCUGAUUGGCUACAAGCGUGUUGUGGUGCUCGGUCCGAUCCACUUUCAACAGCGUUUCUCAGAAAUCGCUUACUGCACCUUUAAAGGAUUAGUUCACUUUAAAAUGAAAAUUAGCCCAAGCUUUACUCAGCCUCAAGCCAUCCUAGGUGUAUAUGAGUGUAGCCACCUUCCGUAUUCAACGUAUGCAGAAAGUAUAAAACUCUUGCAGUUCACAAAGCUUACGCUACGUCCUACACCUUCCCUAUUCAACUUACAGAAAAAGUGUAACUGACGUGACGUCAGUUUAUACUUUCUCCGUAACUUCAAUACAGAAGGCAGUCUGGCAGAAGCUAAAUAUUUUACUUCAUAACUUGUUAAAUAUGAAUAUUUUUUUCCACAAACGCAUCACUUCGCUUCAGAAGGCCUUUAUUAACCCCCCGGAGCCGUUUGGAGCACAUAUUUAUGAAGGAUGGAUGUGGAUGGAAUCACUUUCUUCAGCUCAUACUCAUUGAUCCCUAUCACUGCCAUUAUAAAGCUCGGAUGCGUCAGGAUGUUUAUUAAUAUUUCUGCGAUUAUGUUCAUCAGAAAGAAGAAAGUCAUAUUCACCUAGGAUGGCUUGAGGGUGAGUAAAGCUUGGGCUAAUUUUCAUUUGAAAGUGAACUAAUCCUUUAAAUCAAUUAAUGGGCCAAUGUGAAAAACAGUUAUGACAUACGAAAGUCACAAUAACAAAAAGUCGAAUUUGUUUAUAUAUGUGAUUUUUACAUUUUAAUCUCCUAAUUUUGAGGUUUUUGUCAUAUUUGAUUUUAAUGCCAUAGUUUCUUUUUAAUCUCAUAAUAAUUAAAAUUUUUUACAUUUUUAAAUUUUGUCUUUAUUAAUUUUUAUGUCAUUUGUGACUUUUCUGUCAUAAUUUCACCUUUGUAUGUCAUAAUUAUGAUUUACCAAAGCAUGUUUUUUUCCGUUAUGUGGCGGAAUUAUAUUUUUACUGAGAAGUUUACAUAAUGCCUAUUUUGGGGUUAAAAAAAAAAACAGUUUGAGAAGGAAACUUUCUGCAAGCAUGACACAAGCAGUGACUAGCAAAAAUUAAUAUUAAACAAAUAGAUGAAAAAUAGCUUGUGAAUAAAAGGGAUAAUGAGACAUCUUUGAGGGCACAGAACAAAUGAUAUUGUAUGAUAUUGCAGAUUUUUGAUUUGCAAACUGAUGCCCUGAUGUAUUGGUAAAUGUUAUAAUGCACAUUCAACCUUUACUGUGUUUAAAGUAUUAAGUUUUACCAUGUAUUUUCAAUUGAUUUCCAAACAGAUGACGGGUGCGUGCGGUUGCAGUCCUUGAUAAAGUGCGUUAGUGCUGUUAAUGGAAUUGGCAUCAGAGGUUGUUCCAUGCAUAUCACAGGCUGCAGAGAAUGUGAUUCAUACUGUAUGAGCUGAAAAACUCCAACUCCAGCUAACAGUCUUGACUGAAACCCUAAUGUGCCAUAUAUUUUGUUGGGGAAUCUGCAGUGUUUAGGGAGCUCAUUGUAUGCCAUGUGUCUGUGUUAAACAGACUCCAUAAGGAGUUUUAGUCUACCCUAUGCAUGCCUGGUAGAGCCCGUUCUCUUUAACUCGGUGUUUACUUAUUAACCAAGUGUGUCAGUAAUGGUUGGAUCUGUUGUAGCAUAGAUCCUUAUAAGGUUGAUGGUGUGUAAACAUUUAUAUUUGUUAACGUUUCAUUUUGUAAUUAGAUGAAAUAGAAAUAUAAGUAUUCUAGUCUUCCAAAUGAAAACACAUUGUGUGAUCAUGUAAACAGUGACAAUUUAAGUAUAAUCUGCUUUUCCUGAGGCGAUACAUGGAAAAGUGGGGAUACUGUAAAGAUAUUGUAUAAUAUUUAUUGUAUAGUGUAUAUGGAAGGAUAAAUGUUUAUGAAGGACCUGUAGCCUGAACUACAAAGAUGUGAAAGCCAGACCGAAGGAUAGAAAAGCUGUUAUCUUAACUGGAUGUUUUAUGAAAAAGACAUCAGAAAGUGCAGAUACAAUAAGUGCGUAUACAAACUGACAGCCUUGCUACCGUUCCUGUCCUAAAUCGCUUUGGCAUGAUGUGCAUAACUGUAAAUUAAUAAUGUGGCCUUUAAGUGAUCAAAGUAAUUGUCACACCUUUGAAAAAACGUGCAUAUUUUAGCAUUGUAAACCCCUGGCCCUGGUUAAUUUUUUAGUUUUUCUAUCAUGUUUUAAUGAUGAAGACUUUAAAGGGCUUCCUGUACAAGAAUCAAACCCCCAAAAUGAGUUUUUAUACUAUGCAAGACAGAUGCAUGUCAACAACAACACAUCAACAUUAACAUCCAGACAGCAGCAGUGGUUGGCUAUAUUGGGGAGGGAUAUCGCUGGUGAUUGCAGAGAUAUUUUGCAUGUUAUUUAUUUAUGCUAUGUGGAUUAUUAAAGCUGAACUUUUCAAAUGCCAA